GCGCUGGUUUCCGGAAGUGGCUGCUGCGGCGACAUGCUUGCGGAGCUGGGUUUAAUCGGGACCAUAGGUGAAGAUGAUGAGGUGCCAGAGGAGCCAGAGACUGACUCCGAGGACCAGGAGGAGGAGGAGGGGCCCAUUGUGCAGCAGAAAGCCUUGCAGAAGAACCGCAGUGCCGAUUUCAACCCUGACUUUGUUUUCACUGAGAAGGAGGGGAUGUACGAUUUCAGCUGGGCCAUGGCUGACGUCAUAAGCCAGCUCAAGAAAAAGAGGGCAGCCACGACAUUAGAUGAGAAGAUUGAGAAAGUUCGAAAGAAAAGGAAAACAGAGGAUAAAGAAGCCAAGUCUGGGAAGUUAGAGAAGGAGAAAGAAGCAAAGGAGGGCUCUGAACCUGAGGAGCAGGAAGACUUUGAAGGGAAAGAUGAGGAAGCCACAGAAGAUGAAGAAUCAGAGACUGACUACUCGUCAGCUGAUGAGAACGUCCUCACCAAAGCAGAUACACUCAAAGUAAAGGAGCAGAAGAAGAAGAAAGGACAGGAAGCAGGAGGAUUUUUUGAAGAUGCAUCUCAGUAUGAUGAAAACCUCUCAUUCCAGGACAUGAACCUUUCCCGCCCUCUUCUGAAGGCCAUCACAGCCAUGGGCUUCAAGGAGCCCACAGCGAUCCAGAAGGCAUGCAUACCUGUGGGUGUGUUGGGGAAGGACAUCUGUGCCUGUGCAGCCACAGGGACAGGUAAAACUGCGGUUUUUGCCCUGCCCGUCUUGGAGCGUGUGAUCUACAAACCCCGCCAGGCUCCGGUGACUCGUGUGCUGGUGCUGGUUCCCACCCGGGUGCACUCCGACACCAAGCAGCUGGCCCAGUUCUGCAGCAUCACCACCUGCCUGGCUGUGGGCGGCCUGGACGUGAAGUCUCAGGAAGCAGCCCUCCGGGCAGCACCUGACAUCCUCAUCGCCACCCCGGGCCGGCUCAUCGAUCACCUCCACAACUGCCCUUCCUUCCACCUGAGCAGCAUCGAGGUGCUCGUCCUCGAUGAGGCUGACAGGUUUCUGCUCCAGCUGUCACUUUGCUGGCCACUCUAUAACAGUUCCUGGGACUUCCCUGGUGGAAGCCCUGAAGCAGCACAUUUAAAACGACCCUGCAUUCCUGAUUCAGAAGAUGGGUGUGACCAAGGCAAAACAGACAGAUCAGCAGUUGCUGCUCUCUCGGUUUCCCUGAAAGUCUUCAUAAAUGAGAAGACCCUUUCAGAAAUGGAUUCUGACUGGGGACUAGGGCAUGAUGCCACAGCACAUCGUAUCAUCCUAACAGGCCGGGACCUUUCCCAGGGGGCUUAUCUUAAUGAUAAUGCCACACCAGGCAAAGGAAACCCAGGAAAAUUUUAA